AUGCCUUCUCUCCUCCCAACUUCUGCUGCUGCUUCCCCUUCUGGCGUUCUUCCCCAAAAGCCCCUAUGGAACGAUCCCUUGCCUUCUUCAGAUCUAAAUUCUAACUCAGAGAAGUGCCGGGGCGGGCCCCGAUCGUUCCUGCGGGGCAUCGACGUGAACCAGCUGCCACCGACGGGCGAUUGCGAAGAAGAAGUGGGGGUGUCCUCCCCCAACAGCACCGUGUCGACCGUGAGUGGCAAGCGGAGCGAGAGAGACACCAAUGGCGAAGAUCUCGACCUUGAGAGGGACUGCUCUCGAGGCCUCAACGACGAAGAGGAUUGUGAGACCUCCAAAAAUAAUCUUGGCAACCAAACAGUCGAUUCAAUUCCUAUAGAGAGAGAAAAUCAAAAUAGAGAAGCAUUUGAUACUAAUUGA